AUGCCCCUUACCUGCUUCUCGCCUUCUUCACCCUAUAUAACCUUGCAACCCCACACACAGGGCCAUGCGUGGGCAUGGGCGGUGACAGACGCCAUACCAGAUCUCGACCGUGAGUUUGCCGUGAUCGAGCCUGACAUGGCCAUGUCCUUCCCCUUCAACCUCGACACUUUCCAGAAGGAGGCCAUAAUCCAUCUGGAACGCCACGAGUCGGUCUUUGUGGCAGCACACACGUCAGCGGGCAAGACAGUCGUGGCAGAAUACGCCUUCGCCCUCGCUGCCAAGGUGCGUGCCCUCGCUGCCAAGCACUGCACACGGGCAGUGUACACAUCGCCCAUCAAGGCCACCAGCAACCAGAAGUUCCGAGACUUCAACAAGCGCUUCAACCACUGCACCAGAGCGGUCUACACAUCACCCAUCAAGGCCAUCAGCAAUCAGAAGUUCCGAGACUUCAGCAAGCGAUUCGACGUGGGGCUGCUGACGGGCGACCUCAGUGUGCACCCCGAGGCAGCGUGCCUCAUCAUGACCACCGAGAUCCUGCGCUCCAUGCUGUACCGCGCCGCUGACAUCAUUAAGGAUAUCGAAUGGGUGGUGUUUGACGAGGUGGUGUUUGACGAGGUGCACUAUGUGAACGACAUGGAGCGAGGGGUGGUGUGGGAGGAGGUGAUCAUCAUGCUGCCGCCCCACGUGGGCCUCAUCAUGCUCUCCGCCACUGUACCCAACACCACGGAGUUUGCGGAUUGGAUCGGCAGAACCAAGAGGAAGAAGAUAUUCGUUACAGAGUGGGUGCACGGGGAGGGUGCCACAGGGUUGGUGGUACAGGUGCCAUUGGAGCACAACAUAUACUACGGCGGGCGCCCCCACCGCAUUUUUGACCGCAGAGACAUCGACAGUGCUGCCCUGCGCGCCCUGCACGCCCUUUUAGGCACCUCAAACCCCCUCCACCCUCCCCUCUCCCCCAGCAAGCACCACGCGGCGCCCGGUACCAUUAGAGCACAUCAUCUACUACAAGGGCCGCCUGCACCGCAUCUUUCCACCCUAAACCCGAAACCCUUUCCCCCUUCUCCUCUUCCUCACGCGGCGCCCAGUCCCUCUGGAGCACAGCAUGUAACGGGGGCUGCCUGCACCGCAUAUUUGACAGCGGGGACAUCGACACUUCUGCCCUUCGCGCGCUGCAUGCCUUUUGAGGUGGUGGUGUUCUGCUUUUCCAAGCGGCGCUGUGACGAGUCAGCGGACAGUCUGACAUCGGUGGAUCUCACAUCAAAGAGUGACAAGAGCGCCAUUGUCAUGUUCUGUAACGCCGCAUUCGCACGCCUCAAAGGCAGUGACAGGCAUUUGCCGCAGGUGCAAUUGGGUUCAGUGCGGUUGGUUGGGAUGGGUGCAGUGCAGUUGAGCUCCGAUAGGCACCUGCCGCAGGUGGGCUUGCUGGUGCACCACUUGCAGGUGGAGCGCAUAUCAGAGCUGCUGCGGAGGGGCAUCGGGGUGCAUCAUGCGGGGCUACUGCCCAUCGUGAAGGAGGUGGUGGAGAUGCUCUUCUGCUCUGGGCUCAUUCGAGUGCUCUUCUCCACUGAGACUUUCGCCAUGGGCGUCAAUGCUCCUGCUCGCACUGUGAGUGUGGUGAUGAGGGGUGGCUGCAGAGGUGACAAGGCAAAGACAUGUGACUUCAAGGGCAAGCACAUGUACUCUGACAGUUGCUCCUUCCGCAUGCCGUUGCCGGGGGAAUACACACAGAUGGCGGGCAGGGCAGGCAGGCGAGGGCUGGACAAGGUGAGACGGGUUGUGAGAUACAUGAGUUGGCUGGUCCUUGUGCAUGCUGCCGCUGCCGCUGCCGCUGCUGCUGCUGCUGCUGCUGCUGCUGCUGCUGCUGCUGCUGCUGCUGCUGCUGCUGCUGCCAAGGUGGGCCCAAUUCGGCACGGUGCUCAUCUGCUGCUGGGAGGACUAGGAGGAGGCCCCCUCCUCUCUCACCCUCCCUUUCUGCCAUCCUGCUCCCGUCACUUCCCCUGUCCCCCCCCCACCCAGUUCGGCACAGUGAUCAUCUGCUGCUGGGAGGGCGAGGAGGUACCAAGCGAGGUGGAUCUGAGGCGGGUGCUGACGGGCAAGGCCACGAAGCUGGAGUCGCAGUUCCGCCUCUCCUACGCCAUGAUCCUCAACCUGCUGCGGGUUGAGGACCUCACUGUGGAGGACAUGUUGAAGCGCAGCUUUGCGGAGGCACACGCACAGUGCCUGCUACCCCAGCAGCAGAAGAUGCUGCAGGCGGGCGAGCACGCCCUCGCCCAGCUCGCCAACGCACAGCCCAUCAGCUGCAUCCUGGGCGACCCGUCACUCAUAGAGCACUACUAUGACGUGGCAAGUGAGGCGCGUGAGCUGGAUGCAGCCCUGCAUGACGUGGUCAUGAGAUCACGACAGGCCUCUCAGCUGCUGACACCUGGCAGGGUCGUAUUGGUGCAGCCGGCUGAGGCUGCAUCGCCCCACGUGGCAGCGCUGCUGAAGGGCCCAUUCGGCCCCACGCCAGCCAAGCACUCCUUCCUCGUGCUCUCCCUGCCGCGAUCUUCUGCUGCACAUGUACCGGGGGAGAGCGGCGAGGGACACAUUGAGGGGUCUGGGAGUGGACAGGAGGGGCGAGAGGAGGAAGGGAGGGAGGAGGAGACGAGGGUGGGGCGAUCCUUCAACCAGGUGACAGUGCUGGGCACGGGUCCCAACGGGCCUAUAGUCGUGAACAUGCGGUUACCGCAUCGCGGCACUGUAGCGGGCACGUGUUACACAGUGGAGCAGAUCCCUGCCGCCCAGCUUGUGGGGGUGUGCCGAGCCAAGGUUGCUCUGGAUGUGCCGAGCCUGCUGGAGGAGGUUCGGGUGCCAGCGUAUGCUGCUGCGGUGCAGGCGCUGGUUCAGGUUCGGGAGGAGUGUGCUCCUGCCGAACCUCCCCUCAUCGACCCCAUCAAAGACCUCAAGAUCGCUGACUCAGCAACGGCAGCCAUGCACAAGCGCCAGCUGGCGCUGCGGGAGCUGCUGCCGCGCAGCCCGUGCCACGCGUGCCACCGAUUGGACGAGCACUACGCUGCUGUCUCCUCCCGCCGCCAGCUGUCGCAGCAGGUGGAGCAGCUCAAGGCGAUGACGAGCGACCAGGCACUGCAGCAGCUGCCAGACUUUCACCUGCGGGUGAGUGCAGUGUGUGUGCUGAGGAGCGUGCGAGACGGGGGUGGGCAUGUGGAGGUGCUCCAGACGCGGAGCACCUGCACUAUGGGCUUCAUAGACGCGGAUCGCGUAGUGCAGCUCAAGGGGCGGGUGGCGUAUGCGGAUCGCAUAGUGCAGCUCAAGGGGCGGGUGGCGUGUGAGAUGAACAGCGCUGACGAGCUGCUCGCCACUGAGUGCCUGCUCAACCACCACCUCGCCGCCCUCUCGCCGCCCGCUGCCGUCGCGCUACUCUCGGCGUUUGUCUUCCAGCAAAAGGACGCGUCGCCGCCCCAUCUCACUGCAGAGCUGGCCCAUGCAAGGAACAACAAAAGGACGCGUCGCCGCCUCAGCUUACUGCGGAGCUGGCUCAUGCGAGGAACAAGUGAGGCGGGUCGGGGCGGGGGGAAGGAUGAUGGGGGGCUGGGAGGCGGUUUGCGUGCUGCUCCGCUUCGGUCGUUGGUCUUCCAGCAAAAGGAUGAGUCUCCGACAAAGUUUGCUGCAGCGAGGAACAAGCUGCUGGACCUGGCGUAUUUUCUGGGCGACCUGCAGAGGCGAGUAGGGUUGCCCACAUCAGCGGAGGAGUACGCAGCAGCCACGCUCAACUUUGGGCUCAUGGAGGUGGUCUACGAGUGGGCUCUGGGCACGCCCUUUGCUGACAUCUGUCCGCUGACCAAUGUGGCCGAGGGAACCAUCGUGCGCACCAUUCUUCGGCUCGAUGAGACAUGUCGUGAGUUCCGCAGUGCCGCUAGGCUGCUGGGGAAUGCGGAGCUCAUGGCGACCAUGGAGGCGGGGUCUGCUGCCAUCAAGAGAGACAUUGUAUUUGCUGCCUCACUUUAUGUCUCAUGA